UUUAUAACAAUUUAUAUGGAGCAUGUAAUGAUUGUAGUCACGUCACCGCAACAAGUGUCAAAUUUUCAUUACAUUUCACACGAAAUACACAUUCGUAUAUAUUGUGAAUGGCAGAAAGCACUACGGUGAAUAGAUGCAUUUAAUGACAUUUCACUUUGUUUUGGUUUUAUAUUUGAGUUGCACGUGCGUUUAAACAUACAGUAAAUAAACAAAUUUGAAAUGCCACCAAUUGCACAGGAAGGCAACUGUCUGAUAUAUCAUGGGAGCAAUUUCUUAAAGCAACGUUUAGUAUUGUCUUGCCUUAGUGGCAAACCAGUGAAAAUAUCACAAAUACGUUCCGAUAACGAAGAGACACCUGGUAUACAAGAGUACGAAAUCAGUCUUAUACGAUUGUUGGAUAAAGUAACAAAUGGCACUAAAAUUGAAUUAAAUCCUGCUGGGACAGCGGUAGUCUUUAGCCCAGGACUUUUACAUGGUGGUCAACUUCAGCAUGAUUGCUGUACUGAGCGAGGGAUUGGUUAUUAUCUAGAUGCACUUAUCGCCUUAGCACCAUUUUGUAAAAAUCCAUUGAAUGUAACAUUAAAGGGUGUAACUAAUAGCGCAGAUUCACCAACAGUGGAUCAUAUAAAAGGCGCUGCUUUAUCGGUUUUAAAACGCUUCCUUGUUGUGGACGAGGGUUUAGAAUUAAAAAUAGUUCAAAGAGGUGUGCAACCACUUGGUGGUGGAGAAGUACUGUUUCGUUGUCCGGUACGUAAAAAUCUACGUAGUAUUCAGUUUGAAAAGCAAGGGAUGAUAAAACGAAUACGUGGAACUGUAUACGCAUGUAAGGUUUCUCCUGCUAUGGCUAACCGUACUGUUGAGUCCGCAAAAGGAGUAAUGCUUAAGUUUUUACCUGAUGUAUACAUAUAUUCAGACCAUAAUAAAGGUAAACUGUCAGGAAAAUCAGCUGGAUUUGGAGUGUGUCUAUUAGCAGAAACCACGGAUGGUGUUGUCUUUGGGGCGGAGGCUAUUUCAAAAUCAAAAGAGAAAACCGCUUCCAUUCCUGAAGAUGUUGGUAAUGAAGCUGCAAUGAAACUGUUAGAUGAAAUUUAUCGUGGUGGUUGUUGUGACUCAGCAUUUCAAUGGCUAGUUGCAUUGUUUAUGGCUUUAGGUCAAAAAAAUAUUUCAAAGUUUUUAACAGGCCCAUUAUCAACGUAUACAAUUCAUUUUUUACAACAUUUGCGAGAUUUCUUUUCCGUAACAUUUAAACUAGAAAAUCCUGAUGCGGAAGACGAUGAUGAAUCUUUACCAGGCGCACAAAAAGUUUUAAUGACAUGUGUAGGAAUUGGUUAUACUAAUAUCAGCAAGCGUGUCAUAUAAUAAAAUAUUAAUUAUAAUAAAUGUAUAUUAACUCUUACAUUCUUUAAAUUAUAUACUUGUAAUGUUAAAGUAGAAUUAAAGUAGUUUAUCGUUUUGAAUACUUUAAAAACUCUUAUAGUCCAAAUAACUUAUAAAGAAUAUUACCUAUAUAAUAUUGUAUAUGCCACAGACGAUUGGUUUUUAUCAAGAUAUCGCAUAUUAUAUUCAUUUAUUUAACCAAAAGCUGUUUAUUUCAUUGGAUGAUAUUCGUCACACUUGCACCAAGUGACUUCUUAUUCUGGCAACUUGAACAGCGUCUUUGUAGAAAAUAUGUUAAGUAGAUCCAUGCAGUUACUAAAAAACACUCCCCGAUCGACUUAUAUAAAAUACUUCAAAAGUGGAUUAUCGAGAUUUUUUUUCUGGUUUAGAAUUAAAAACAAAUUUGAGGUUUUUUUAUAAUCCCGUGUAGUUUCUGGGUGGAAGGAUAGAUUAAUUAAUUUUUACA